AUGUCCAGCAGAGCCGACACCUCGCCAUUCAAGCGCCGCCCCGCCCUCUCACGCACCUACGGCUCCUCCUCGCGGCGCUCAUCCAACCCUCCGGCACGCACGGCAAAACACGGGGGAGGCGUGAAGGGCUUGCUGGAUGAUUUGAGUAGUGAUGAGGAAGUGCAGGUUCGACUUACGGGGCGGGGGAAGGAGGAGGGAGGAGAGGAGGUGGAGGGGGAGGUGGGGAAGGAGAGGGUAGGAGGGGAGGUGGGCUCGACUGGGGGACAGCGUGGUGCGAAGGGAGUAGGAAAGAGCGGGAACGAGCAGGCCAAGCGUCCCCCGGCGGUGCGGAUGACGAGGUCUUCGCUUGCCCAAACCACGGCGAACGAGGAGGAGGGCUCGUCCGCGACAGAUGGGACGGUCUGGGACGAGCAGGAGGUUGCGAAGACUCGUCCGAGUGUGGGCGGGACGAAGAGGCGCUCGGGUGGCCGGGCGAACGGGGCCAGCGUCCCUCCUCCUCCCCUCGAAUCUUCGACCACUCAGCCCGCGACAAGGUCGCCUUCGAAGCAGCCUGCACGGCCUCCUACGCCUUCUCGACGCUCUUCAUCACGCCUCUCGACCUCGAUCCCAACGACGACGGCGGCAGCGGCGGAUGAGGGGACUGCUUCCCCUCCACCGCGAAAACGUCCUCGCACAUCUGCUCCCGCUCUCGCGCAGCCUACGACAACAUCGAGACCCAAAGAGAAUGAAGAAGAAGUGGACGACAUCCCCGAACCGUUCGACUAUGUCCCGCUUGCGGAACGAUUGAAGAAGGAGGUGGGGGAGAAGAAGGCGAGGAAGCCGGCGCUUCCUGCGACUAAGGCGGCGGCGGCGGUGCAGCGACCGCCACCGAGGACGACGAAAUCUGGACGAGCAGUGAAGAUGGAGGAUGUCGCGACUGUUGCGGACGCGCCGGCUCCUUCUCCCGCAGCGAAAGUCUCCGUCCCCUCUCCCGCCCGUCCACCUGCUCGUCCUCGCACACCUCUCGCACCAUCCAUCUCCCGCUCUUCCGCUACCGCUCCCGCACCAAAACCCACUCCACCUCCUCGCCCCGCCAGUCCAGCGAAAGACCUCUCGGCGCUCUUCUCCCGCUUCGCACCGCCUACCGCUUCCAGCGCCGCUGAAAAUGGGCAGAGUCCGCAGAGGAUGGGGUUGAAUAGGACGCAGAGCUUGGGAGGAGUUGUCGGGAGCUUGAAGGCUGGGCAUGGGCAACGGAGGGUCGCGGUGGAGGAUGCGCUGGAGGAGGAGGUUGCGGUUGCGGGCGGAUCAGUCCCGCCCUCACCGUCUCGAACGAAGCUCGACCGCUCGUACUCGCAGCCCAACCUCCCUUCCUCCCCGCUCGGCUCACCAACUCGCUCGCCUUCUCGCCCGCCAGUCUCGGCCUCGCAGUCCUUCCCGCACUUUGGUAGCCCCUCAGCACGCGAGGCGAGUCCCUCGCCGCUCAGCCGCCCCGCUUCGCCUGCACGCCUCAACUCCAAGUCCAACAACGUCUUUGGCGCCGGACCCGCUCUCGGUAGCGCUUAUCGACCCGUCUCGUUUGCGCCUCCUUCAGCUGCUGCAUUCGGCUUGCUAGGCUCGGCGCCUGGAGGAGGAGGAGCGGGUCCGACUCGCACAUACGCUGGCGGUGCGCGCUCAUUCCGCAAGGACACGGCGGAAGAAGAUCUGCUUUCCCCGCCUUCGAAAUCGACGCUCUCGCGUCUUGCAACGGGCGCGUCCGCCUCUUCCUCCUCGCCCUCGUCUUCCGCAAUCGCAGGUCUCCCACCCUCCCUCUCCCGGCGCAACCCCCGCGGCCCACCACCUCAACGCGAAACCUAUGCCUCUCUCCGCGUCUUGUGGGGGAUCGACGCCGAAGAGACACUCGAAGACGAAGAAUCGCAUGACUCGCAGGACCGCGGGGCGAAGGUUGUUGGGACUGGGUUGUUGAGGAAGCAGGGGGAGGGGAAGAGGUGGAUGGAUGAAUUGGGGUGGGUGAUGGAGGGGUUGAGGGAGGGCGGAGAGGGGGAUAAGGGCGCGGCGAGGGCGAGCGCGCUCGACCUCCUCCAGAAGGCCCUGGACCGCGAGUGGCUCCGCCGCCUCAAGUCCUCCGGCCAAGCCGAAUCCGUCUACCUCGCAUUCCGCCUCUCCUCCGCCGGCUCCUCGACAAGCGACCGCGUCCUCGACAUCGCUUUCGCCGUCCUCCUCGCGCUUCUCGUCCGCGACCAACGAAUGGUCGAACCGCUUUUCAGGCUCAGUCCGACUGACGUCGAGCGCGAGAAGCAGAAGCGUGGUCGGGGGUCGCACGAGUCGAUGUCGCAGGGCUCGUCGCUCAAGCGAAGUGUGUCGAUGUCGGCAGCGAGCGAGCAGAGGACAUUGGCGGCGGAGGGAUCAUUCGUCUCCUCGUCGUCGUACUCGUCUUCGCCGCGGAAAGCGGAGGCCGAGACGGACGAGCGAAGCGAUUUGCUCGAGGUGCUGAGGGAGUUGAGCGAGAAGGACUGGGCGCGCGAGGAGAUCGGUAGCGCGCAGGAUGGCGGGACGGUGGGCUUGCUCGGGAAGAAGGCGAAGGUACUCAAGGGCGAUGCGCGACACCUGCAAUCCCUCCGCGACGUCCUCGACUCAUCCGCUAUCUUCUCCGAAUCCUCGCUUCCUCCGACCCUGCAAAGCCUCAUCCUCCUCACCAUCCGCUCAAUUUCGUUUUUCUCGCCUCGCACCAUCUUCCAGCCGCAACACAUGAUGUGCGUCUCGGGCGUAUUCGAGCGAGUUGCAAGGAUGUUCCUCGAGGAGUCGAAGGCGCUGUCCGCGCGGCUGAGCAAGUACGAGCAAGGAUUGGAUCUCCUUCCAUCGCCAGACGCAGCCGCUUCACCCAUUACCUUCUCACUCCCGACUCUCGCACUCGCCUUGUCGAUCUUCGAGGCAACACCUCUCGCCGCUCCACUCGCCUUCCACAUCAUCUCUACGGACGACUUUCUCUCGCCUCUCGCUGAAGCGUUCCGCCAUCUCAUCCUCGUCUCGUUCCUGCUCGCCUUCGACUCGUCGUCGGCAGCCAGCGUUCUCGGCAGCAGGAAGCUCGCUACGAACACACUGUCGGCGGUACUGGGCAUUCUGUUCGGCUUGACGACCGAGCCUAGCUGGGCUUCGGCGCUCGUCGGCGAAAACAGCGAGGUUCUCGUCACCCUCGUUCGCAUCGCGCUCGCCUGCCGACGUUCAGCCGCCGACUUUGCACGAGCAGAUGCGUCGGCACAAUCUGAUGUCAAGCGCUUGCCGGCGCCGAAGCCGGAGGCGUACGAGUCGUCAGACCCGCCCAGCUCUGGCGUGAGCUCGUCAGGCGUCUCGGCGGCGGAGUCGGCGACCCGCAAUCGCAUUGCGACCCAACGCCAACUUGUGUGGGACAUUUUUUCGCUCUCGCUGGGCGUCCUGGCGAAUCUCGCCGAGUCGGCCGACGGUGUCGUGAAGGAGGCGUUGCGGACUUUGGUCCUCAACCCGUCCUGUCAAGGUAAGCGUAGGUGCGCACAACGCUGCCAAUGCGCCGAGACGUCGCAGCAAUCGCUCCUCGAGAUCCUGUCGCACCUCGCGCUCGACCCGCUCGAUGACGCGCCGAACACCGUCCACCAAACCUCGGUUACCGGUUUUCUCCGUCUCCUCCUGGGUCUCGCCAUCCUCGACGAUCCGCACAACGAGACGCUUCUCCUCGACACGAUCGGAACCUCGAAGGCGACGCUCAACGGCAUCCUCGACGCUCUCGACGAGCUCGCCAAGCUGCAUGAUGAACAGAACGAGGUCCGAGGUUUGCUGGAGGGCCCGGAGGAGAUGCAAGAAGACGAGGCAGGCGACUCGCAGCGGACAGAGGUCGUUGAAGAUACGCAGGUCGAGGAAGACGAGCAGUUGGAGGUCUUGCCGGCUCAGAGUCGAGAGGCGUCGAAACGGAUGCGGGAGCUUGUCGAGCGGCUGAGGCGGCGAACGAGGUAG